AUGUUUGUUUGCUUAAUAGUUAGUUUGUUUGUUUGUUUGUUUCUUUAUUUAUUUAUUUUCUUUUUUUUAUUGACUAUUAUUUCUAAUUAAUUUUAUCACAAAAAAAUUAUAUAAAUUUUUUACAAUUUGAAAUCAAAUUAAUAACAUUAAAUAUAUUUCAAAAAUAGGUCGGUCAUCCUUUUCUACUUCUCUAUACCAGAAAUUGCUCUUUGUUAAUCUGAAUUUACUUGCUUUGAUUGCUUUAUUUCACAAGCAUAUAUUUUUAAGAAAGCAAAGUAAUUAGCAUACGAUCUCUUUUGUGUAAUUAGACUGACUUUCUAACAGGGCUAUCACCAAAUCUUAUUAUAAAAAAGAUUUAGUUAUUUUUGCUUUUUUUGGAGUCUUUUCGUUCAAGUUGUGUAAUUGAAGCAAAGGGUUUAAUUUUUAAGAAUUAUAAAUAAAAAAAUUGAUUGA